UAAAAGUCAGUGCGAUUGUUUCAGUAUACAAAUUGUUGUAGGCCCCUUAUCGGGGUAUGUUUGGAACUGCAAUUGGCAUUAUUAAAGAAGAAGGUUUAAUAAAAUUAUGGCAAGGCAUAUCAGCUGGUAUGUUAAGACAUAUGGUGUACUCUGGUACGCGAAUUGUUACUUACAAAACUCUAAGGGAUGAACUUUUCGUUAACAGACCAGGAGAAUAUUUUUCAAUUUGGAAAUCAGCAUUAUGUGGUACUACUGCGGGGGCCUUUGCCCAGUUUAUAGCUAGUCCUACUGAUCUUAUUAAAGUUCAGCUUCAAAUGGAAGGGAAGAGACGUUUAUUGGGACUUCCCCCGAGAGUUCAUGGGUUUUUCGAUGCUUUUACGAAAGUGGUGAAGGCUUCUGGAUAUCGAGGAUUAUGGAAAGGUUCCAUACCAAAUGUACAAAGAGCCGCUUUAGUCAAUUUAGGUGAUCUGACGACAUACGAUUCUGCUAAACGUUUCAUACUCCGCAACACUUCAUUGGAAGAUAAUCACUUGACCCAUGUCAUGUCAAGUAUUUGCGCUGGAUUUGUGGGUGCGUGCAUGGGAACCCCCGCGGACGUUGUCAAGACGCGUGUCAUGAAUCAGCAGUUAGAUAAAGAGGGCAGGGGUUUAUUAUACAAAUCAUCUUUCGAUUGCCUUCAAAAAACCAUAAGGAACGAGGGUUUUUUUGCUCUUUAUAAGGGAUUCUUUCCAAUAUGGAUUAGAAUGGCCCCAUGGUCUCUAACUUUUUGGCUGUCGUACGAAGAAGUUAUGAAUCUUAUUGGGGCUCAUCAAUUUUAACUACAAAUAUGUUUAUUAGAUUUUUUAUCUAUUAAAAUAUGGCGAAUUAAUUAUAGAAGGGUAUAAAUGCUUAACAAUGUUAGGAAAUUUUAAACUUUUUAGUAAUUAUCAGGUUAGUGUCUGAUAUUAUGGAAAAAAAAUCAACACUGCAAUAUUAGAAAAUAUCAUUUUUUUGAAAAUACGUUUUCCUUAUGCAUAUUUUUGCAUUAAAAAAGGUAAUUUUAUUUUUUAACGUUUUAAGAACGACCAUUUUGCAAGAGUAAUUGAAUAACAUUAUGAAAUGGCACAUUUAGGUAUACACAUGUGUACUUUUAAAAUGCAUUGUUAUCCAUUUAUAUCAUUUUAGUAACAGUAAGAUAAUUUAGAAAAUUUUAAUUGUACUUUUAUAUUUCAAAAAGUACGAAAUAGUCGAUGAAAAUAGAAAAUAUCAAAAUAUUUUUAGACACACGUAAUAAAGUUUAUAUUAGCCUUAGAAAGCUUCAAAAACUAGUGAAAAGGGCUAGUUAUUAACCUUAUGAUUCUGUGAGGGAAUGGGGCCUGAAAAAAGGCUAUUCUGAAUUAUGUGGCAUUGAUACUUGAGCAACGUGGUUUUUUAUUGUUAAAAAAAAAAUUUUUUUUUGUAUUCUUGCCGUCAAUUAUCAGCUUUAUCAAAGAUGGGAAUCAAUGUCUAUUACCUGCAUUAAUUAGUCGAAAAUACUAAAUAUGAUUUACAGUUUAACUCCUACAUAUGUACUGGAUUUCCAUGAAAAUUUGAUUUCAAAAAUGUUAUAGACCGCGUUGUUCUUGUGGGGGGGGGGAGUGUAAGUAUAAAACCAUGGGAGAUCAAGUGGAUCAAAAAGGUCAAAGCUAAAAAUAGAGUCUAUGGUUUAUGGAUAGACCCUAAGAGCAUUCUUUCUUUAGACAGGAUUUUUAAUUUCCUAUAGCUUAAAGACUGUAAGAAAAUGUUAAUAUUAUAUUUGAAGAGUUGCACAAAACUAAUUUUAGACAUCUUUACACAACCUAAGCAAGCAUCCGCAAACUUUUUUUGUAGACUAAAUAAUACUUAUGCUAAUUUGUAUAGUUGAUUUUUCGUUAUUAUUAUUUAUUCAUUUUUAAAGACAUUUUUUUAAAAUUUACCUCAGACUUGCUUUAAAUGUGUAAUUUUACUUUUACCGUAGUCUUAGACUUGCCAAAUUCUAUCUUAUUUAUUAAAUUUUAUCUCGAUACGCAAGUGCAUUUAAGAAAUUUUGAAGAAAAAUAUUGGAAUAAGAAUAAAAAAGGUAGAUAAUAAAGACAAUAUCAAACAAGUAAAUCGAUAUUUAUACGCAAUGGAACAAAAUUACAAUUACUUAGUUAAUGUUUUAAUUUGCUCCACUGAAUAUAAGUACCUGGAAUACGUGUAUGCAAUUAAGUACCGGCAUAUUGAAUAAAGUAAGUCAUUAAAAAAAAAAUGCAGUUUGGAAAAAGUCGUUAAAUGAUAAACUGCCUUACUAGUUAAUAAUAACGAUAAUUUUUUAUCAACAAUGACUGACUAAUGAAUUCUAUUACCCAAGACUAUAAAAUUGUGUUGGCCAAAAUAUAAUCUCAUUUCUCAACAUAUGAUAAUUUGUCAAUUUUUAUUGUCUGACUGAAUUAAAUAUUAUGUCUAAAUGACUGAUAGAUGUACAAAUUAUUUACCCUUCACUUAUAAUAAUCUUACCAAGAAUUAAAAUAAAAAUAGAAACAUAGAAAAUAGUAUAGUUGGUGUGUAGAUACAUGUGUGUAUGUGUGUGUGUUUGUGGAAUUGGAUAAAAAAGUUCAUAGGGCAGUAAGUAUGGGGAGUAUUAUAACCUGAACCUAAGCUACAAAUGUACUAAAGUAAUAAAUUGCAAAUGUUUCUUAAGUCAGUUUUAUUGCUUUCCUACAAAAAUGGCAGUUCUAUUAUUAGUGUUAUAUACAUACAUUAUGGUUGUCUUAUUUGGAAAAACAGAUAUUGAAUGUAGACUAGUUAAGUUCCAGGAUUUUUGUCUUUAUCUUUUAAUAAAAAAAAAACACAAAAAAAAUACAUAUGUGUGUGUGCGUAUCUACGGUUUUCAUUUCUUACCCUUAUUCUACGAAGUCAAAGAAUCAAAGUGAAAAUGGGGUAAAAUUUUUAUACUUAAAAAA